CUCCACACUUGGGAUGUUGUGCAGAUAUGUUCAAUUCACUAGUCUCUACUCGAGCACUCUACUCGUAGAGACUGGCAGGAAAGAUUAAUUCGAGCGGGAGCUGGACCGAUUCAAAGUUGGUAUGGGGAACCGGGCCAGCAGCGAAUACUAGAGUACAAAACAUCUUGGCAUUAUUCUUUCCGAUUAGGAGGCUAAUACGCAUAUCACUGCCGCAUCAGGAGACGAUGAAUUAGCACAAAUGGCCGAUUUGUAAUUAGUUCCCGGAACCGUCCCACCCUCUGAUCCAAUGCCGCAAGGGGGCGGGAGUAGGGUUGCGCAUCGGUAUACCGAACUCGUGCACCCCCCCAACCUUUGCGGGGUCCACCGACUGCGAGCACCGCAUCGAGCAUGACAUGUCGUAGACUAUCGUAUGAGGUGGGGUCCCCUUGUUCAAGCGCAGAGGUCAGGCCUUUGUCCACUAGGGGUCCAAGUUUAUCGGCGAUAUGCUCGACGCACCAUCCUUUCGGCCAUCCACACUCCGCUCUUCUACGGUACUCGUACAUAUCCGAUGGAUAUCAUAUCAUAGUUCAGCACACCCUAUUACACGCUGGAAUGCCCCAUGCGCAAUUAUCGGGGACAGGCAUGAUCUGUAUGGAACCCCGGUCUCAUGACUUCUAGAACGUUACGCCCGGACUUUUUCAUAUUCGCAUGUGAGAAGCCCCUCUCCCACUUCCUCAUCCCCCGCCAGUAUUCAGCUAUGAGGGAACUCGAGCAGGGCGCAAGGCAGAACGAAAUCGAAGGAAAAAAGAGUCGACGACCUUCGAGCGAUGUUUUCAACACCAGGACGAUACUGUGCAACUCCUGGAAGGGAAAACGGACUGAAAAAUGAAAACGUUCUCAUCAGAUGCAUGGCCAGAGAGCCCAGGAUUUCCGUGCAUACCAACAUCACGUCACGACAAUACGAGUGUUAGACUACUCGAGUAUGAUAUGCCCCGGCCGUUCCAGAUGCCCUCAUGCGUGCCACCUUCCCCCUCCUCACCCUCCCACACCCACUCACGCACAGUUAUUAUCGUUUUCUUGAGAAGGGAUUUUUCCCUAGUGCGGGUACUCGAGUACUGGUACUGUACCGGUAUUAGGAGGAUGCAGUGUGCGGCAGUCUAGGUCCUGUUGAUCACGAAUCGAAUUCCACAGCUCCUCAAUCACAUGAAAGGGAAAAACAGCCAUGUCAAGUAGGUAACCUUGACCACAUGCGAAAUCCGUAGUAGAAAAAUAAUCGCAGACCCAACCACCCCCACAAUUUACCGUCGUUUCCAACUCCGUCGCCGUUCUUGAGUCGCAGAUUUUAUCAGGGUUUUUUUUAUCCAUUCCAUUUUGGCCUUUGGUAUCAUAGCUUGAAAAGCCCCAAAAAGUGUUCGGGGUCUUGGCUGCUCCCCCGCGGCGGCUUGGCGCCAAGCCCAAGGGGUGAUCAUGAGGAUUCAAAGAUUGAGGUUGGAGUUGCGACAGCUGUAUUAUAGUGAGAAUCGCAAUUUCCCCCCGCAGUACCGCUACCCCUGCCAAGACUGGCUAUCCGAGUAUCUUUCUGGGUUUUGUGGGUUUGAUGUGUUGGAUGGACAGUGAAUUGGGAGGUGGAGAUACAUGUUGGGAUGGGCGGGAUUGUAUCAUACGCAUUCGAUUCAUUCCUCACUGCUCGGUUCGGACGCCCGGGUCUGGUCGAGGAGAGUUUUCUUGGCGAUCGGGUUGUGGGUUUUGUUUUUUCUUUUCUUUUGCAUCUUGUGGGUAAGAGGAGGGGUGAAGCUUUCUUUUUCCUUCUUCCCUAGACUACCGGUACUUGUCUCGAAGCAUGUGAAGAGUCUGUCCCACCAAUCCUCUCUUCCCGGGUGUGAUGUCGGCGGGGGGGGGGAAUAUUAGAAUCAUCAAAACAACACUUGGA